CAUGCGAAAAAGACAGAUCUGGCGUGGGGCGGACACCUGCGACGGACAGUCACGGACUGCGAGCAUAUGGUGAUCAACGGUGCGCAGUCGCGACGUGCGAAGGUCGCGUCGGGGGCAACUAUCUGGGAUGGGAUCUGGUGAGGUCAGUCCCGGCCUCUGGACCUUGUCCAGCUUGGCUCCGAGGCACAACAACCAUCCCGCCCCUUAUACUCACCACCCCGCCGUCGCGGCCCUCCUCUCGCUGUCUCCUCCAGUCCGCAGGAUGCUGGACGUCCCUGCCGUGGCCUCCUGCUAGUCGGCCUCGCAUUGCCGUCAUGUCCUUCGUUAAGCAUGUUCUCUCCCUUCUGGUCAUAUUGCUCUCGCUCGCGUCGCGCUCGGUGUUGGUGGCGGCAGCGGGCGUGCAGAAAGAGACGAUUGGCAUUGCAAGCCCGGACGUCGUCUACUCCACGGGAUGGAGCACUGUGUCGAACGCGGCCGGGUCGUUCAUGCAGACGAGCGGCAAAGCGAACGAGGUGGAAAUAUUCCUCCCAGCCGGCACAGUUUCUCUGUCCUAUGUCGGCUUUAAGCAGACCGGCGGAGCACUGUACGCCGUUUGUCUGGACUGUGGAUCGUCGGGAAAGCGAUUGCUACUAUUGAACGCAUCCGACCCGAACGCCGACUCUUCGACUCCGGUUGUGUUGUUCUCGUUCGCCGGCCUGGAUCCCACGACCGCGCAUAAUCUGCAGGUCGUGAAUUCUGCCGACCCUGCAUUCGGUGAUACCAGCGUACUCACAUUUAAAGAGCUGGACAUCACCGUGGACACUACUGCCUCGACGUCUUCGAGUACGAGUGCAACCACAUCAACUACUACCACAAGCUCUUCCACAUCGUUGAGCACAUCUAAGACUACAUCAUCAUCAUCUGCUUCAACAUCGCUCUCCACCACCUCGAUCUCCACCUUGACCUCCUUGUCCACCACCUUAGCACCAACCACCACCCGCACAACCUCUUCCUCGUCGGCCUCAUCCAGCACUACCUCGCCCGCUGGCUCGCUCUCCCGCUCCGGGCUCUCCACCGGCACCAUCGUCGCCGCCGCCGUCUCCUCCGCCGGGGCGGUCCUCCUCCUCCUCGGAUUCGCCAUCUGCCUCCUCUACCGUGCGCGCAACCGCCAGCUCCGCUCUGACUUCGAGUCCAACUCCCUUGCCUCGGGGCUCACCCGCCAAAUCAGCGCGCCCUCCGUCGUCGCCGUCCCCUUCGAGGAGGCGCCUGCUGCCGCCGUCUCAGCGUACACGCCGCCCCGCAGCGCGACGUCCGGCAGGCCGAAUUCAUGGGGCAAUUUCAGGCGGCGGUCGUACAGGACAGGCGCGGCCCUAGCGUCGGCGAUGGGCGCUGCCCAGCAGAGGGACGGCGUCAUGAGCUCGAUGUCCUCCGAGUCAGUGCCGCUGCGCCCGCGGAAUCCGUACGAAGGCGUCAUCCAGCCUGACGUACCCAUCGACUAUCCUUCACACGUGCCCAGGACUCCAGGCACUCCAGGGACCAGUCGCCAGCGCGGAAUGUUCAGGUAGCGACGGCGGGCGGGCGGCGACUCGGACUCUUCUUACAGUAUAAUUUGCUUUACUUGGGGUCGCCAAGCUGCACGCCCGGCCGCAGCUCGCGCGACGCGACUCUAUUCCAGAACCUACCGGCGCACGUCAGGCCGGUUACCACAGCGUCGCGACGCGGGCCCAGCGAUAGGCCUGCAUCAUAUCAUGAACUUCGCUGCUUCGCGCAUUGCGCUCUGGACAGGGCCAGAACUGCCUCGCAACCGUAAUCCCUGCUUGUAUCUACGCACUUACACACGGUCGGGUUGACCCCGGCCUCGCCCUUACCUUAGCCGUGCCCUAAACCAUGUCCCUGCUGGCCCAGGUCGGACUGUUGGAACGUAACGAAUCGAACGCGGACUCCGUAGCCUGUAAUAUUUCCACUCCUGUAUAAUGUUGCUCGUUCCGGGAAAUACACAAGGGGAGGCAGCGGCGCUGUGUGCCGUAUACAAGAACAUA